UUUUGUGCUAAAAAAAGUUUUCCAUAUUAAAAAAAAUCGUUAUAAACAAAAUUCCUUUUUUGUUAUAAUUAACAAUUUAAAAUUGAACGUAUGCAACCAAGAAAACACUAGUGCUAAUAGCAUUGCAAAACCCAAACCAUGCUUAAAUAUUUAAUUAAUAAUAAAUAAAACACAUCAAUAAGAUAAAGAUAUUGUGAUUUAACACAGGACAAUCUUUAAAAUUUUAUCAGUAUUACUAUAAUAUGUUAGGGCAAGAUCCUUGAAAUUUUAAUACACCUUAACCUCACUUUGCUCCAAAAAUGGAAUCCAACAAUUCUCGCAAAAAGCUCAUUAGAAAACUACGAAAACACCAACACACAGUUAGUAAGGAAACUGGGGUCACCUGUUCCGAGAACCCCACUCGGAACCUUGCAAUUUGCAAUACCGGCCAAAUUAAUGGCUUAACUGAGGAAACAAUCGUAGAACACUUCCAGAAAUAUGGCCCCCUUGAUCGCAUUUUACUAAUUCCGGGAAAAUCAUGCGCAUUUCUGAGUUACAAAGACAUCUCAAGUGCCUCAGCGGCAUUUGAGGUUGUUAACGGUAAUCUGAAUAUAGCGCAAGACGGAAAGCCGAUUUUUUUGAGUUUCGUUGAGGCUUUUCCGGAGAUACCGGAGGAAAAAGUUUGGGGGCGCCACCCGCCGGGUUUGACAAUAAUUGAGUGUUUUGUUAGUGAGGAGGAGGAGGCGAAAUUGUUGUCUUUGUGUCAGUUUGAGGAUGGUGGAAAUAUGAAACACAGACAAGUGAAACACUACGGUUAUGAGUUUCGAUACGAUAUUAACAAUGUCGAUAAAGAUAAGCCGUUAAAAGAGGGAAUUCCGCAAGAGUGCGAUUUUUUAUGGGGGCGUCUUCCUUUUGACUUCCGCCCCGACCAAUUAACAAUCAAUCGUUACAAGCCAGGACAGGGGAUUCCCUCGCAUAUAGACACCCACAGCGCUUUCGAAGACCCCAUUCUGUCUUUAAGUCUCAAUUCCGACGUUGUGAUGGAAUUCAAAAAGGACGAAACGAUUUGUGUCCUUUUACCCCGACGCUCUCUGCUGGUAAUGUCAGGGGAGAGUCGGUACGAAUGGACGCAUGGGAUUGUACCCCGAACUUAUGAUUUCUACAACAACCAAGAGGGUUGUUGCAGUUUCAAACGCGGAAUUAGGGUCUCUUUCACCUUCAGGAAAGUCAGAAAAGGGGGCUGUGAUUGCAAAUACAAACUUCAAUGCGAUUCUCAUAAUACUAAAAUCAAGAGCGAUUUAUUAGCCCAUAAGUUGGAAAAUCAACACGUCCAUGGGGUUUAUGAGGAGAUUGCCCCCCAUUUCAGCGAAACUAGACACACCCCGUGGCCAAAUGUCCUCAAUUUUGUGCAAAAACUCCCAAUGGGGGCUGUUUUGUUAGACGUGGGGUGCGGCAACGGCAAGUAUUUUGGCCACAACAGCCACAUCGUGGAGUUGGGAACCGAUCGCAGUUUCAAACUCAACGACUUGUGCAAGGACCUUGGUUUUGAGGUCUUCACCGGAAAUUGCCUCAACCUCCCCCUCAAAGACUCCUCAGCUGAUGCUGUUAUUAGUAUUGCGGUAAUCCACCACUUGUCAACCCCCGAACGCCGCUUGAAAGCCCUCAAGGAAAUAGCCCGGGUGCUCCGGGUGGGGGGCGAAGCCCUUAUCUACGUUUGGGCGAAACAACAAAUCAAAAACGACGAAAAGUCAACUUACAUGAAACAAGACCGGAAAACUCGAAAAAAGGAAGUUGUCGGGAGUGUUACCACGGAGGAAGUUUGUGUUGGGGAAGGUGUGACUUUACCGGUGCACACCAACAGGGCUAAUUUCGCUCACAGUGAUGUUUUGGUGCCUUGGAAGUUGAAAGGGGAGGAGAAAUCGAGGACUUUUUUGCGGUUUUAUCACGUUUUUGAAGAGGGGGAGCUUGAGAAAUUAUGUAAAAAAAUUGAGAAUGUUUCUAUUGUGAAAAGUUAUUAUGAUCAAGGGAAUUAUUGUGUAGAGUUUGUGAAGAAAUAAAGUUGGGUCAUUGUGGGUUGCCUA